GCGUUUCCUGUGUCGCACCGGAAGUGACAUCAGAGCGACGCGGAAGGGAGCCGCAACGUGCGGGUGGCCCGGCCAUGACCCGCUCCAGGCGACAAAUGGAGGCCGGCCGGAAGAAGCGGGUGCAGGGAAAAGGAGCCAAGGGAGGAGGGAGGAAGGACCCGGGGGUGCCGCAGCUGCGCCGCUUCGCUGCCCACGUCCAGCGGCAGAACGAGAGCAAGCGGGAACGGGCAGCGGAGGCGCAGGAGCGGCGGGAGGCGGCGCGGGAGGCGGAGCGGAGCCGGCGGCGGAGCCUGGAGGGGCUGCGGUUGGAGGCGCUGCGGAGGCAGCGGGAGUUCGAGCGCAGGGAGGUGCGGAGCGAGGAGAAGGAUGUGGAGGAGGAGGCGUCGCUGAGGCAGCACGGGAGGGAGCUGCGGGAGGUGCUGGCAGCAUCCGACGUGGUGCUGGAGGUGCUGGAUGCCCGGGACCCCCAGGGCUGCCGCAGCCCCCGCCUCGAAGCCGCCAUCCGGAGCUCGGGGCCCCGCCAGCGCCUGGUGCUGGUGCUCAACAAGAUCGACCUGGUGCCGAGGGACGUGGUGGCCGCGUGGCUGAGGCACCUCCGCGCCGAGCUCCCCACCGUGGCCUUCAAGGCGUGCACGCAGCAGCAGAGCCGCAACCUGAAGCAGAGCCGGGUGCCGGUGGCGACGGCCCCCGAGGAGGUGCUGACCGGGGGGGCGUGCGUGGGGGCCGAGUGUUUGCUCCGGGUCCUGGCCAACUACAGCCGGUGCGGGGAGGUGAAAACAAGCAUCACUGUGGGGGUCGUGGGGUACCCCAAUGUGGGUAAGAGCAGCCUCAUCAACAGCCUGAAGCGGAGCAGGGCUUGUGGGGUGGGGGCAACCCCGGGGGUCACCAGGUGCCUGCAGGCCGUGCAGCUGGACCGGCACAUCAAACUCCUGGACUGCCCUGGCGUUGUCAUGGAGACGGGCGCCCCCCCUGCCGCUGCCCCACUGCGGGGGGCUCUGGCCCCACAGCGCCUGCGGGACCCCCUGACCCCCGCCAUUGCCAUCCUGCGCCGCUGCCCCCCCCAGCAGCUGAGUGACCUCUAUGGGGUCCCCCCCUGCGAUGACCCCCGGCAGUUCCUGUCCCAUCUGGCCCGGAGGCAGGGCCGGCUCCGGCCGGGGGGGGUCCCGGACCCCCAUGCUGCUGCUGUGGCCCUGCUGCGAGACUGGACCAGUGGCAAGAUCUCCUACUACACCCACCCCCCCCAAACCCAAGGGGUGCAUUUGGAAGCCCAAAUCCUGACAUCACUGGGGCCGGAGCUGGACCUGGAAGCACUGGAGAAGGGCGAUGCUGAGGCGCUGGCAGCGGUACCAGUGUCUGUGGCAGGCAUUGGGCUGGCUCCGUGUGUGCCUGAGGAGGAAGAGGAGGUGAAGUCCAAUGGGGAUGAAGCAGCACCCAUGGAGGAGGAUGCUGGCGACCUGGAGCUUGGGGCAGUGACAGUGGAGCUGAAGCCCCCCCGGGUGAAGACAGGGGGCAAUGGGGAGGGUCCCAUACCCCGUGCCCCCCGCUUGGAGGAGGUGGCGGCUCUGGAGCCAUUGCUGCAGGGCCAGGGGCUGCGGGCAGCCAGCAAAAGGAGGAAGAAGCUGCAGAAAAGAGCAGAGAAGCUCGCCACGAAGCUGUCGGAGACGCUGGAGGCCGCGAUGCAGUUCUGAGGACGAGGCUUUUCCAACAGGAACCGUGUUUUUUAAGCAAAAAA